AUGGCAGACAACAGCGGAACAUACGGCAUCAAGGGCCUUCCGAGACCUAGAGACGCCGUCACUCGUCAUCCCGAGGGUGGCAUUCCUUAUGUUGAGAACUUGCCAGUUCGUUAUGAAAUCUCAGUCCUGGCCAGUUCCACAGACCCCUUGCUUCGAAAGCAAUGGACCCUUUUGGUUCUCGCUCUUGAAAGGUUUAAGCUUAAGCCUGUGAAUGAAAAGCUCUCCUACUUUCAAGUUGCGGGUAUUCAUGGGUAUCCAGAAGGCGCUUGGGAUAAUGCUCCAGCACCGAGAAAAGAUCCCAAGAAUCCCAAGAAAGGAGAUCAACCUUAUGGUGGUUAUUGUAACCAUAACGGUCUGAACUUUCCUACUUGGCAUCGCCCAUAUAUGGCACUAUUUGAGCAAUGUAUCUGGGACAAUAUGAACGACAUCAUCAACCACUGGAUCAAGGAACACAAACUCGACCAGGACGAGGAAGAACUUGCGCAAUGGAACGUAGCCAAAGACACCUGGCGCAUGCCCUACUGGGACUGGGCUAGACAGCAGAGCUACAACGAGGACUUUGCCUAUCCUCAAGUUCUUGUCCAAGGUCCAGUUCGCAUCUUCCCACCUGAGUCCAUCAAGAAGUUUUAUCCUCCUAGUGGACUCUACGCUAAUCCAUUCUGGAGCUUUGAGAAUCCUGAAAAGGAUGACGAUGGAAACCCUCGUGCAUUCGGUGACAUGCCCAAGGGUAAGAGGGACUACAACAUUGAAGACGACCCUGUCAAGCACGACCCAGCCCCUCCACGGGAUAAAGAGGAUGUCGCAUGGAUGCCUUGGAGUGAAGCAACAGGAACCAGCAGAUACGGAAUCUUUGUCAACAAGGGCGCAAAGAAGUUCAUCGGCCUCGAAGGUGUCAACAAUGCCUGGGUUGCCAACAACCACCUCUCCAACAUGACAUGGUACCCCAUCACAGACAGGCAAAAGGCACAAGCGAAGAAGAGCAAAGACUUUUAUCUCAAAUGGAACCCUGGAACUCUGGCUGACUCUGUGAACCGCAUGUUCUCACCCAAGUACAACAGCACUUGGGGACAAUUCGCCUCGACUAAAUGGACCUACGAGGGUUACGGCAAUUCUAUGAAUGGCUUCUUGUCUCUCGAGUAUAUCCACAACAAUGUUCAUAACAUUGUCGGCGGCUCUGACUUUGCCACUGGUGUUGGGCAUAUGAGCGAUGUGCCCGUUGCUGCAUUUGAUCCAAUCUUUUGGCUACAUCACACUCAAAUAGAUCGCCUGCUGUCUAUCUGGCAGUGUCUCUACCCCAAACUAUGGUGGGAUCAAAAGGAACCAACCCGACCGGGCGAAGAGAACGUUCCCGAUGAUACAGAGGAUGAUCUUCUAUACCCAUUCCACGACAAGGACAACGGCGACCCAGUCAACGACGUUUGGACAGCAAGGAAGUGUCGUGAUUGGACCGUUUUCAACUACCAGUACGAUGAUCUCAUGGACUUGUCUCAAAAGGCCCUUGAUGCAAAGGGAAACCUCGAUGAACCCAAGUUCCAAAAGCUUCUUCAGGCGUAUAUCCACAAGACAUAUCCCAGCACCGAACAUCUGCUUCGCGACAUCAAGGAUAAUCGGCAUGUCCACAUUCCCGCGGGACUGACCCCCGAUAUUCCCGACAUUGAUGAGAAUUCCUGGAAGGACUACAUCAUCAACGUGAAAUAUGAUCGUUACGCUUUGGGUGGGCAGUCUUACACUAUCAAGUUCUAUCUCGGUGGUCCAACUGAUGAGGAUGUGACUCACUUUGAGCCGCAGAACUUUGUCGGAAGUGUCUAUACCUUUGGCGGUGGUUCUCGCAAGACUCGGGACUCUUGUGCCAACUGCAAGACCCAAGCUGACGCUGGCGUUUUUUCGUGCGCCCAAGUUCCUCUGACGAUUCAACUCCUCCAUCACACCAUUGAUUGUGUGAGAGAUCAUCCAAUCACGAAAUUUGAUGACGUCGAGAAGUAUCUCGAGCUCCAUCUACGCUGGAAGUUCUUCGGCUUCGGUGGAUUUGAAGUUGAUGAGGAGGAACUUGAUCCUUUCCACAAGACCCAGGUUACCGUGUUGCGCGGAGUAGGGCAGCCUCAUCGUGUUCUAGCACCUACCCAGGUCAAAGCUACCGAGUUGGAGACAUUCAGUGUUGCAGCUGCUGACAUUUCAGUAUCUGAGUCAUCUAAUAUGUCUACUAAUGGAACUAAUGGCUCAACCGGAGGAAUUCCAGUCGCUCUUCCGCCAGUUUACAGUGCUCAGCCGUAUGAAGCUUUACCGGCGAUUACUAAUAACAAGCACUUUGGCUUGCAGCAUGAUGGGACUUACGGGAUCGCUCGUUAA